AGAUAGCUAACACAGACCUCCAGCGUUUUUUAAUGGAAUACAGAUUAAACGUCUGCUGGUAAAUCAGCCUGAGAGGAGAACGAGGAGGAGGAGGAAGGCGAGAGGAAGAGCCGCAGAGGAGAAGGAGAGGCAGAGGAGAAAAGGAGGGGGACCGGGAGAAAAAAAAAUCGGGACAGUAUAAUGCUGCAGAUUUGACCGAAAGAUGUCCAACGUUAACAUGGAAGCGACCAUCAUCCUCCCCGUCCUCAAGAAGAAACUGGCCUUUCUGUCAGGGGGCAAAGACCGGCGCAGUGGUCUGAUCCUGACCAUCCCUCUCAGCUCAGAUCAGACCAGCAUGGAGGAGCUCAGCGCCACACUGGACUACCUGCUCAGCAUCCCCAGUGAGAAGUGUAAGGCUCGGGGCUUCACCGUCAUCGUGGACGGACGCAAGUCUCAGUGGAACACCGUGAAGACUGUGGUGCUCAUGUUGCAGAAUGUGAUUCCGGCCGAGGUGUCGCUGGUGUGCGUGGUGAAGCCAGAUGAGUUCUGGGAUAAGAAGGUCACACACUUCUGCUUCUGGAAGGAGAAAGACCGCCUGGGCUUCGAGGUGAUCUUGGUUUCGGCCAAUAAGCUGACUCGUUACAUUGAACCCUGUCAGCUGACGGACGAUUUUGGAGGAAGUCUGGACUACGACCACAGCGACUGGCUCAGCAAGAGACUGGUUUUUGAGAAGUUCACCAAGGAGUCGACGUCACUGCUGGACGAGCUGUCGAUUAUCAACGAGGGUGACAAGAGCAGCGCGGUGGACAAGGACAAAUCAGCUGACUGUGCCCUCUUGCCGUCCUUUGACCCUGAGACUGUCCUUCAGACAGGUCAUGAGCUGCUGUCGGAGCUGCAGCAGCGUCGCUUUAACGGCUCAGAGGGAGGAGGAGGAGGGCAGGGAGGUCCAGCCUGGUGUCCCAUGGAGGAGGAGCUGCUGGCUCAGCCUCAGGUGAUGAAGCUGCUGGACUCGCUGAGGGAGCAGUACACCAGAUACCAGGAGCUCUGCAGGCAGCGAAAUAAACGCACCCAGCUAGACGAGAUCCACGCCAAGGUCAUGCAGGUGGUCACCUGGCUUCAGGGUCCAGGUUCAGAGCUGUUGAAGACCCAGCAGGAGAUUGGAGACUCGAUGCGAGCGGCUCAGGCCCUGCAGCAGAAACACGAGGAGAUCGAGAGCCAGCACAGUGAGUGGUUCGCAGUGUACGUGGAGCUGAACCAGCAGAUCGCUGCCUUGCUCAGUGCCGGGGAGGAGGAGGAGGUGGUGGAGCUGAAGGCGCUGCAGCAGCAGCUGAGCGACGUCUGCUACAGGCAGGCGGCUCAGCUGGAGGGCCGACAGAACGUCCUGCAGGCGGCGCAGGGCUUCCACAGCACCACGCAGGAGUUGUCCCAGCAGUUGGACGGUCUAUUGGGCAUGCUCUGUGCCGACGUGGCUCCAGCUGACGGAGCUUCAAUUCAGCAAAACCUCAAACUGUUGGAGGAGAAGCUGCAGACCGUCGAGGCAGGCCUUGCCUCUCUGCGUCAGAAGGGGGCGAUGCUGCUGGAGCAGAUGUGCGGCCAGCCGUCCUGGGCUCUGGAGGAAACGGAGAGUCCGGCUGGGGAACAGCAGGACAACGUUCAGCACAUCCAGGCUGUGAUGGAGGAGAUGCAGCUCCGCAAGCAGAGGUGUGAGGACAUGGUGGAUGUGAGGAGGCUGAAGAUGCUACAGAUGGUCCAACUGUUUAAAUGUGAAGAAGACGCUUUACAGGCAGUGGAGUGGCUUGGCGAGUUGUUGGACGCCCUGUUGAAGACUCAUGUCAGGCUGGGCGAUGACACUCAGGAGACCAGAACCAUGUUGGACAAACACAGGAAGUUUGUGGACGUCGCUCAGAGCACCUAUGAUUACGGCCGCCAGCUGCUGCAGGCGACCGUCGUCCUGUGUCAGUCCCUGCGCUGUACGACGCGUUCGUCCGGAGACACUCUGCCGAGACUCAACCGAGUCUGGAAACAGUUCACCGUCAGCACCGAGGAGAGACAGCAGAGACUGGAGCUGGCUCUGAGCUUCCACACCGCCGCCGAAAAGGUGUUACAGCAGGAGUGUGUGGACGCAGAGUCUCUGGAUGAUGUCGACUCGACAGGGAAAACUCUGCUGGACAGACUGACCAUGCCUGUUAUCUUCCCUGAUGGGAGCGAGCAGUACUUCGGGAGUCCCAGCGAAACGGCAGCGGCAGCAGAGGGCGUCAGAGAGCGCCUCCUGCUGGUGGAGGAGAGGCGGCUGCAGCUGCAGGAGGCAGCACUUCAUAAUGAGGAGGAGGAGGAGGAGGAGGUGCUAAACGGGCAGGAGACACGGCUAGACGUGAUCGGAGAGGAACUGAGUGAGAAAGAGGAGCAAGAUGAGGAGGAAGAGGAGGAGGUGGGGCAGCAGGAUGAAGACUUGGAGAGGGGCACGCAGGACUGCUAAUGGAUCGCGGAUGACGUUAAACCGAGCAGCCUUAAUGAAGCUCGUUAACAAAGGGCUGCUGAUUAAUUUCCACCGAAACCUCCGAUUUGUCUCGCUGCAGCAGUAGGUUAUUCUUACUGAUGGUAUCUCUUUAAAUUAGGACUACGUUUCCCAUCAGCCUCACUGCUUACCCUUCCUGAAAGAGGAUAAACAUGUUGGAAGUGGUUUCAUCCGGCAAUCUUUCACUCCGUUCAGCAGAAACUGUGACAGCUCUACCACCGUUUGCUCUGGAACAACAGCGCCCUCUAACUGUUUCUUCAGCAGAUUUCCUUCCAUACGUGACCCGCUGGAUCACAAAUGUACAAUACUGGAAAUAUUUAGUGGAAUUAUUAAUAUUCAUGUCUCUGGAUGCUCUGUUGAUGACGAUCGACUGUAAAGUAGUCAGUUUGGAUAAGAAAACUCCUAACCUACGCCUAACAUCACCUCUUCCUUCCCAGCAUGCCACUUGCUUGCGUAAGUGGGCGGAGCUUCCAUGGUGCUAACACGGUUACCAAGGUUUUUUUUUUUUGUCUGUGCCUCCUCCUCCUUCCCACUAGAUGUUACUUUUCGUUCAUGAUAUUUCAGCACCUGCUGAGUCAUCGGCAGCUGUCACUCUCUCAGUGCUGUGUCUGUCCUGCUUUAUAUAAAGGAGGGGGUCUCGUCUCGUUUUAAUGGGUCCAAGUGUGCUGAUGGCAAAUGUCAGAACUCACAGCAGUGAGUAGUGCUGAGUUCAGCACCCCGUACGCUGCGCUGUGUUUUAAAUAACGUACGCGACACCCCCCAGCGCGUGCCCAAAACAGUGAUGUAAGAAACUAUUUUAGUUCCUGCCCACACAGAUACUGGACCAAUCACACUUACUGGAGAGCGUCAAAUAAAAGGGGGGCACUAAACCAGCAGAACCGUGAUUGAAAUUUAAAUUUGUGCAACGGUUUUGCUGUAAAAACUUUGCUGAUACUGCAGAUUUCAUCCAGUUCAUAAAGAAGAAGGCAAAAUAUGUAAAACGAUAUUGAGAGCACAUUGAAGUAACUUGAAAUUUUGCGUCCAAAUUGUGAAAUACUUAUGUUGGCAGUUACAGAUUUGACCAAAUAAGUGGAAAAAAACACAAUGAGAGACACAUUUAUUUCAAUUUCACUUUGUUUUUUAAACCCGCUGAGUGGAUUCUUGGUGAAUUAGUCUGUGGGACUCAACACAGUUGCAACAUUAAUGCAUCCAUGACACUUUCGCAUUUCAAGGACCCAGAGGCUCCGACCGCUUUGCUGCUCUAAAGAAACCAUCUGCCUUCAUGAUAGAAAUCUAACGCGUGCCGCUUGCUCUGGUCCAGACUAACCACAGGGACUGAGGUGGCCUCUGAGUGUGCAGACUGGUGGUCAUUUGCUGACGUGGUGACAGCAGGACAGAUUCCUUUUCUAUUUAUUUGACUUUUUUCAAGCAGACCAUGAUGUAAUUUGUUGGUGUUUUUGACCAAUGACUGCUGCUGUAAGUGUAACCGCUAAAUGCUGUGUCUUGCUUUCUGUCAUCUUCUGUCCAAUGACAUACAGUGUACAAUGACAUC